CCCAUCAUUCCUCAGCAGAACUACCUGAUGACAGAGCGGAGCAAGUUCCUUGUAAACAAUCUAAGUUUAUAUUAAACAUAGAGGGGGGCAGGUGACUUGCAAAGUAUUUGUGCAGCUCUUUUAAAUCUGAGGAUUAGGGUGAGUGGCUUCUGGGCCAGUGUCAUCUUUCCUUUCUCCCCUCACACUUUGAGAGCUCGACUUGAAGACAAGGCUUCACAUUGUGGCACCACUGAAGGGGUACAUCAUGGGUUCAGAUGAGGCCUACAACUUUGUCUUUAAGGUGGUUCUGAUAGGUGAGUCCGGCGUUGGCAAGAGUAACCUGCUCUCCCGCUUCACCAAGAACGAGUUCAACCACGACAGCCGCACCACCAUCGGGGUGGAGUUCAGCACACGCACAAUUCAACUGAAAAGUCUCAUCAUCAAGGCUCAAAUCUGGGACACGGCUGGGCUGGAGCGGUACAGGGCCAUCACCUCCGCUUAUUAUAGAGGAGCUGUCGGAGCGCUACUGGUCUAUGACAUCACCAAGCAUCUGACCUAUGAGAGUGUGGAGCGCUGGCUUAAGGAGCUCUAUGAUCAUGCAGACCCUCACAUCGUAGUCAUGCUGGUGGGCAACAAAACUGAUCUGGGGUCAGAGCGAUCAGUGCCCACUGAGGAGGCGAAGGACUUUGCAGAAAAGAAUGGCCUAUUGUUCUUAGAGACAUCAGCCUUGGAGUCCACAAAUGUUGAGACAGCAUUCCAAAAUGUCCUUGGAGAGAUCCACAGGAAGGUGAGCAGUAAAGAGGUGACCCGGGGGUCCAUUAGUGCCGUGUCUCUGGCCAGCCCCGUCCCCAGAGCUGCAGGCGACCCUGAAGAGAAGAAGCCCUGCUGUAGGAACCUCUGAUGGGACAAACCACCCAGUGUGGAGGGGGGGGGGCAUCAUUCUUCAAAAGAAUGAUGCUGAGCAAGACCUCUGAUGUGACACAGUUACAUGGUGGCAGACAGAAUGAGUUUUCCACUCCUAAAGAUGAUGUAAGUACAUGGCUGGAGGUCCAUGGUACAUUUCCCCAAAGAAUCCAGAAAUCAUUUGAAUAUAAAAAAUGUCUCAAACAAAGAUUGUGUUAACUUUUAAGAUUCAACUUUGUUUGGAAGGAUACAUUUAAAAAAAUGUUUUUUAAAGGUGGUCAACUGAUGUACAUAAUAUUUGUAUUUUUAGUGACUAUGAGGUUGGACAACAGGUGCCAAAACCAUGUUAAUAAUUUUACACAAAACUUGAUUAAUUAAAUUUGCUGUCACUGUUGUUUGUGCUCUGUUUACUUAAUGUACAGUAACAUGUAAUUGUUUUAUUUUAUGCUUAAAUUGUUCCAAAACGGCUUAUUCUUAUUGUGAGGUGAUUUUACAACAAUAAAGGAAUAUUUUUUUGCA